AUGCCUUCCGUACAAGCCUCAGACGAAUGGUCACCCCUCAAGGCCAUCAUUGUAGGCCGAGCAGGCCGAGCAUGUUUCCCAUCAGAACCCAAAGCUAUGAUCGAAGCCACAAUGCCUGCAAAGCAUGUUCAUCGCUUUCAACCACAAUCUCCGUUUCCGGAGAGCACGAUCGAGAAAGCAGAGGCAGAGCUCAACUGCCUAUCAGCGAUUCUGCGAGAUGAGGGCGUCCGAGUGUAUCGAUCGCGUGAAGGCGUCAACUGGCUAGCCGAAGGAGGUUAUACCGGUGCCAUGCCACGAGACGGUCUGAUGAGCGUCGGCAAUGUCUUGAUCGAAGCCUGUUUCGCAUGGCGCUGUCGGUCGACAGAGAUUGAGCUGGCAUAUAAAGAUAUCUUGGAAGAGCUCGCCACUUCGGAUCGUGAAGCUCGAAUUAUUCGCCGUCCAGCAGAGAGCUAUGCCGAUACCCUUCUGGACGACGAUGCAGCAAAUCGCAAAUGGGUCAUCAACAACAGUCGUCCAGCAUUCGACGCUGCAGACUUUAUGCGUUUUGGAAAAGUGAUUCUUGGUCAAUACAGCCACGUAACAAACGAAGCUGGUGUGGAGUACCUCCGUCGAAACAUACCUGAAGGUUACACCAUCGAAUUGCUGGACGUCGAUGAUCCACAUGCAAUGCACAUCGAUGCGACCCUCCUGCCACUUCGUCACGGUCUGAUGAUUUAUCAUCCAAAGAAGGUCACUGAAGCCGCUCUUCGCUCACAUAAAGUGUUGGCUGAUUGGGACUUGCGACCUUUUCCAUUCGUGCCCGAGGCGCCGAAUGAUACCGAGCUGUACAUGACGAGUCCUUGA